GGCAGGGACGGGAAGGGAGCUUUGUCUCCCACUGCUGGCUGCUGCUGCUGCCUCCUCUUCCUCCUCCUCCUCUGCUGCUCUUCCGAGCUCGCUCUUGAGCGCUCUUCUCUUUUUUUUCCUCUCUGGCUCGCUCGUUCGCUCGCUCUGAUUCUGACGGACUGUCUGUCAAUCACGUGCGGAGGACGAGGAGCAGAGCAGGCAGGCAGGACAAGGCAGGCAGGCAGAAGCGGAGAGAAGCGAAGCGAAGCGAGCGUAGAGGGACCGACCCGGAGUAACUAAAUACAGUACGGUGUGCAAUUAUAGUUCGGAUGGCCGCGGUGUAGCUUUGCAUAAGAGAACAAGCGAAAACCAGAACAAAACAUAUCCAUCGCCAUUUCCAUCUCUAUCCCUCUCUCUCUCUCUCUCUCUCUUCUCUCUUGAGUCUGCUGUCUCUCUGUCCGUCUAUCUGUCUGUCUGCGUCUUGAAUCAGUCGCCUUGCUCCCUGUUGGCGAGGCGACGAGGCGACGAGGAGGAGGUUGGCGAGGUGGGCGAGAAAGAGCGAGCGAGCGAGGGCGAGUGCGAGAGAGGGUUGGUUGGCCUUCUCUCGACGAUAGGUAGAUAGGUUUAAUCGGCUGGCGGGCAAAGCGUGCGUUAGAGGCUGGUGCUGCUGCUUUGGGUGGCUCGGGCGAGGACGCGAGAGUUCGUUUGACCUCGGUCUGAGUAAUGUGGCUGCCGUGUGCUCGUGCGCCGCCGAUGCCGGUUUAGAAAUAACAUCCCCUGUGACGCGAAUUGAGGUGGGAACGAGUUCGAAUCACAGGGUAGAAGAGCAAUCUGCCACCGCGGGAAGGUGAAUUUGGCCGCGGGAAGGUCAUUCGGGCUCCAGGACGAGCCGGGAUUGAAGAUUUGGAAGAUUGGAAGAUUGGGUGAAUAUAUGAUUGCGUGCAGUAGAGGCGCAGGACGGAGAGGGUGCUGGGAACGCACCGACUCGGCGAUCUCCGGUGCUUCGCUGGGUGCUCUGCCCUCGGUGGUGGUGGAAGAGGCGGAUAAGAAUAAGCUUGCGCACGAGCUCUCGAAGCGCGUUCCGUCGCCGGUCGGCAAUUGCAGCAUUUGGGCGUCCCUGUUGGAGCGAUUGUGGGAGGCAAUGAUGUGGUCGUUGAAAGUCUGGUGUAUUUCCACCAUAUUUGCCACCGCGGCCGUGAUGUUUCCGUCUGGGAUAGGGGCCGGGAGGUCGCCGCUGAUCACCAUGCCAGUAUCUCGAGCGUACCCCGUGGGCGGUUCCGAACCGCCGUCGUCAUUCUUCGAGGCGGGCGAGGCGGGCGUCGAAUUGUCGGCCCUGCCGGCAUUCCGCGAAGCUCCGGCAUACCGCAACGGGCGAGAAUGCGCAUCCUCCGGGAGGCGCAAUCACUCGGAGUCGGUGUGCGACGAGAAUGCGGUGCACGUGACGAUGACGCUCGACGCAUUCUACUUGCGGGGCUCGAUGGCGGCCAUCUUCUCGAUCCUGAAGCACUCGGAGUGCCCGGAGAACGUCAUAUUCCACUUUCUUGUGUCGUACCGGGAUGCCGAGCUCGAGUCUCUCGUGCAUUCCACGUUUCCGUUUUUGAGGUUUAAAUUGUACCACUUCGACGAAACCAAGGUCAAGGGGCGGAUUUCUUCUUCCGUGAGGAGCGCGCUGGAACAGCCCCUGAACUACGCUCGCAACUACUUGGCGGACCUGCUGGAGCCGUGCGUCAAGAGAGUCAUCUAUCUGGAUUCGGAUUUGGUCGUGGUGGACGACAUCGCCAAGCUCUGGAGCAUCAGCCUGGGCGAGCACUCGGUCGGAGCUCCCGUGUACUGCCACGCCAAUUUCACCAAGUACUUCACCACGGCCUUCUGGUCAGACCCGGCGCUGGCGUCAACGUUCGACGGCAGGAGCCCGUGCUACUUCAACACGGGGGUCAUGGUCAUGGAUCUGGUGAAGUGGCGCAGGCACAAGUACACGCAGAUCAUCGAGGCGUGGAUGGAGAUUCAGAAGGAGCAGAAGCGGAUUUACGAGCUCGGGUCGCUUCCGCCUUUCUUGCUGGUCUUCGCCGGGGCCGUGCAACCGAUCGAGCACAGAUGGAACCAGCACGGCCUCGGAGGCGACAAUUUGCACGGGCGGUGCCGGCCUUUGCACCCGGGCCCCGUGAGCUUGUUGCACUGGAGCGGCAAGGGCAAGCCGUGGUUGCGGCUCGACUCUCGGACGCCGUGCCCUCUCGACAGUUUGUGGGCGCCCUACGAUCUUUUUUUCUCGUCGAUUGCUUUCUCAUAGAGUGCGGUUGCGGUUUUGGUGGCGGUGGUGAUGGUGGUGGUGGUGGUGUGCGGGAGCCAGGCGCCGCGGUGUUACCUCUUUCUCUCUCUCUUCCCUCUGUACAGAUUAUUUGCGGUUGCUCGACGUAAUGAAGAAGAAGAAACAACAACAACAACAACAAGUACGCAGCAGAGACCAGCCAGCCAGAUUCUUGCUGGGGCGAUAAUUAUUUUUUUCAUCAAACCAAUAAAACAACAUUGGGGACAGUUUCGAUCCCAUGGAUGAUCCCGUCAUCCUCGCAGCCUCAUGCGUGUUGCAACAACCCAGUAGUCUCUCCUCCGAGGCAGGCGCCUUUCCCCAGCCACAGAGCACGAGGGAUGGGGUUCUAGUACCGUAGCCUGGUGGUCCUCUUGGUUCUCAAGAGGCCCAACAUGACGACGAUGAUAGUGAUGAGUUGGUGUAAAUUUUUCGACGCUGCUGAUCGGAUGCUCUCGAAGAAUAUAUUUGAUUGAUCGGGUGCCCUCGCGUUUCUUGGGGUCAAUCAGUAUUUCGGAUUGUCUCCUUCGGCAUACUCACAUUCAGGCGCUUCGACCCGAAGAUCCGGGCCUUCUUUCAAAUUGAGAAUCGUUCUCUGCGAUGCAUCGACCUGAUCGAUUGUGGCAUUUCCUGAAUGCCAACUACGGAAGGGGUUUUGUCACGUACUGUUCUGUAGAUAAAUUAGUUUUGUAGUAUGAGUUUUCGUCUCUGCCGGCCACCUUUUCUUGUAGUGAAUUGCGUUGUCAGCUCACGCUGACAACCCAAUUCAGUACAAAUUGGUGCGGUUUCGGCGGAUUCCAGCGGGUACAGCGGGAUUCUACUGUGUAUUGUGUUGUUAAUCAAUGGGAUCGUCACGAUCCCAUUGAUUGAUAAACUGAACAGCAUCUCACAUGCUGUUUUUUUAUCAAUCAAUAGGAACAUGAACCUUCCUAUUCCCGUCAGUAUUUCCCCACCCUUCCCACCUCGUCCCCAUCCCUCGCGCAGCGGAGACCAGUUUGAUCCGGACCUGGAUGCUCUCGGCACCAACUUAUCACUUGAUGUGAGACGAGACGAUUUGUAUUAUAAAAGCAGUGUUGCCCUUGCACCCCUUGCACCUCGUUGUCGAGUCAUUUGAUGAAAAUGAAAGAAGAGAAAACAUAACAUUCGCCGAUGGAAAUCACUCGCCGAUGGAAAUCUCGUCGAGCGGAUCGAGAGAGAGAUAGAGAAGAAAGAGAGCAGGAUCGUGAGACAGAGAGUCAGAGAAGAAAGAGACGGCAGACGGGGCCCUUCCCCGUCUGUGUGACGAGGCACGUGCGAGAGCGCGGAGGGGGGAUGCGAUGACGUAAGGCGGAUCGGAGCGUGGGGCGCGGCCGCACGUUGGCAUCACGUCGGGCCAGGGUGCCAGCUCGCCCGCUGGCCCGAGGGGCUAAAUCGCGUAGUUGGGGGCUAUUUCAAAUCGGCACACUCCGCGUCCUGGCACCAGCAGCAGCAGCCCGAUUCAAAAUGGGGCGAACGGGGAGCAGGAGCAGGCCCGUCGCCCGUGCCGGGGCCGCGCGGGGGUCGCCGGUUCCGACCGUGUAGGACGGACGCGCUUGCCGCGACAGUUGGCGCCCGGGCACAUGGCCCUGCCCCGAAGACCCGAAGACCCCUCGCGCUCGCGGCUGCCCGGCCCAUCGCAUUGUGCUCGCCCCUCGAGCAAUUAUUGCUGUACAGACUGGAAAGCGUCGUUUGAUGCUUUGCCUGCUCGUGGGGAGAGGUCCUCAGACCUUGCAUGUUGUGUAUCUUGCUGUAUAUCCUGUUAUGCUGUGUCCUCCCGUGUCGAUCCUGGUGGAAGAUCUUAAAAAAAACUCGGCUCUGAAUGCUUCUUUGAGAAGGCAGCAUUUAGUGCCGGGUCAAGUUCUCUUCAGAUCCUGGAUCCGCCUGACUGGACAGAACCUCCUCCUCCUCCUCCCAAGGACGUCGAAUGGAAGCAUCGGAAACUUCGAGGUCCGUACCUGCCUGGUUGCGAGCGAGGACUACGGCGACCUUCCUACUACAUGCGGCUAGAUCGGUAGAUCCCAGGUUAGGACGAUCAUGGGCUAGGGAAUUUGUCGCGCCGGGGUUGGUGCGUUUCUUGAUCAUGUAAUUACCGUUGACGGAGUCCGAUCUAGAGGCCUCUACUCUACCACGGUUUCUUUUUUCUGCUCGUUGGGAGCUUUGGAAAUUCAAAUAAGUUCGUGUACACAAUCGGGUCCCAACUUUUUUCUCUC